GCUGCAUGCGGUGUAUGUUUCUUAGUUAUUCUAAUUUCUUAAUUGUAAUAGAUUUUCAAUAGGAAAUAUACCUGCUUAUACUUCAAAAUGGGUAAAAAAACAAAGAUUGGAAAACAGCGGAAGGAUAAGUUUUAUCAAUUAGCAAAAGAAACAGGUUAUAGGUCACGUGCUGCUUUCAAGUUGAUUCAGUUGAAUCGAAAGUUUGAAUUUUUACAAAAGUCUCGGGUAUGCAUUGAUUUAUGUGCAGCUCCUGGUGGAUGGAUGCAAAUCGCUCGGCAAAAUAUGCCGGUAUCUUCCAUUGUAAUAGGAGUAGAUUUGUAUCCCAUAAAACCAAUUCCAGGAUGUAUUAGCCUGAUAGAAGAUAUCACGACAGAUAAAUGUCGCGUUUCAAUAUCCCGCGAAUUAAAGACUUGGAAAGCUGAUGUGGUAUUGAACGAUGGAGCACCAAAUAUUGGUAAAAAUUGGUUUCACGAUGCGUAUCAACAAAUUGUUCUAACUUUAGCUGCUCUUAAAAUGGCAACAUAUUUUCUGAGACCUGGUGGAUGGUUUGUUACCAAAGUUUUUCGGUCAAAAGAUUAUCAUGCAUUAAUGUGGGUUCUAAAACAAUUAUUUAGAAAGGUACAUGCAACCAAACCUCAAGCAUCGCGUUCAGAAUCUGCUGAAAUUUUCGUUGUCUGCCAGUAUUAUAUUGCUCCGGACAAGCUAGAUCCUAAAUUUUUAGAUCCAAAGUACGUUUUUUCAGAAUUAGAGGUAGAAUCUGCAAAUAAAUUAAAUGUGUAUGCGCCAGAAAAGAAGAAACAGAAAGCAGAGGGGUACCCAGAAAAUGAUUACACCUUGUAUCAUAAGUUAUCCGUUAAAGAUUUUAUAGCGCAUGAAAAUGCUGUAGAAGCAUUGCAGAAUGCUUCUGAAAUUGUUUUCGACGAUGAAAUAAUAGCAAAUCACGAAAAGACAACUAAGGAAAUAAAGGAAUGUUGUAAAGAUAUUAAAGUAUUAGGUAAAAAAGAUCUGCGACGUUUACUCAAUUGGUGGAAAACGUUGAAGGAAUGCUUAAAAGAAGAAGAACCGGUAGCAGAAGGUGCAGAAAAAGUCGAAGAGUCAACAGAAAUAGCACCUGUGGGUCAAGAAGAACUGGAGGAUUUAGAAGAUGAACAAAUUAUGAAACAAAUUGAAGAGCUUAGAGCGGAUGAAGCUAGAGACCUGAAGCGAAAGAGGAAAAAGGUUAACAAAGAAAGACAAAAGUUAAAUGAACGUUUGAAUUUAAAAAUGGUACAUAAGGGCAACGAAGGUCCCAUAUUGGAAGGAGAUGAUAUGUUUAAUCUGAAAGAGAUUAAAACGUAUCAACAGUUACAAGACAUAACGAAUCAACAACCUGACGUGGUUGCAGAAAGUGAUGUAGAUUCAGAUGAAGAGCAAAGAAAACCGAAAACAGUCAAGUAUAAUAAAGACGAAAAUCAUUUGGAUAGCUCAGGGUUGUAUUAUAAAACGGGGAAUAGUGACUCGGAAGAUUCAAGCGAAGCGUCGGAUAAUGAUUCAGAUAGUGAAAAAUCAGGCUUAGGUUUGGACGAGUCCGAUGAUGAAGAUAGAAAUGAAAUUCGGAAAAAGAGAAAGAAAAAUGACGAGGAUUCAGAAAAUCCUUUGAUAACUGAUUUAGAUCAAAGGGACAAGAAAACUAAACGAAUUCACAAGGCAGAAUUAUGGUUUGAAAAAGACAUAUUUAAGAAUUUAGAAAAUGAAAAAGAUGAGGAUCUUGAAUUGGAUAAAAUGGUAGAAGAAUAUAGAAAAAAAGGUGGUCGUUUAAUAGGUGAAGAUAGUGAAAAAGAAAAUAAUGCAAGCAUAGAAAAAGGUCAAGAUGAUGGUAAUAGUGAGGAUACAAAUUCUGAUUAUGACAUGCAAGAAAUGAUGACUUCUACUAAAAAUGCUAAAAAAAAUAAGAUUAAAGUUAAAAAUGGGAUUGAAGUUGUUUUACAGACAAAUGGUAUAAAGCCAAAAAGAAAGAAACGUUUGUCGGAAGAGGAUCUUGCGUUAGGAUCAUUAUUGAUUCAAAGUAGGAAAACUCGAAGGGAUCUGAUAGAUUCAGCUUGGAACAGAUAUGUGUUUAAUGAUGAAAAGUUACCAGAUUGGUUUGUCCAAGACGAAGGGAAGCAUAUGAAGAAAGAAGCUCCUGUGCCUAAAGAGCUCGUUGAUGAAUACAAAAAACGAGUGGAAGAUGUGAAUGCCAGGCCAAUUAAAAAAGUAUUAGAGGCAAAAGCGAGAAAAAAACAACGAGCAUUGCGAAAGUUGGAUAAAGCAAAGAAAAAAAUGGAAGUAAUAAUGGAGAACACGGAUAUCAGUGAUAGAGAGAAGUCGAAACAAGUACAAGCAUUGUACAAGAAAGCUAAAAAAGAAACGAAGAAAGAAGUUACUUAUGUAGUGGCAAAGAAACAUAUGGCACAAAAGAAAGCAGCGAGACCUGCCGGUGUUAAAGGACGUUACAAAAUGGUUGAUCCCAGAAUGAAGAAAGAUUUACGUUCGGCGAAAGCGAAAGAAAAAACGAAAGGACGGGGAAAGAAGAGUCGCGGCAGUAAACCACCCCGAGGGAAACCUAAGGCUCAGAAGGGGAAAAAAUGAAAUUAAUUUGGUGACCUUAUAUUAUCGUUACAAUAAUACAAAAUAUAAAAUACACAAGUAACUUUCAAACGCAGAGUGAACGUUACUUUGUAAUGUCUCAUAAGUGUAUAUGUAUAUACUACGUUUUGUACAUACAUGUGUAUAAAAUUACACAAAG